CCGCGGUUGAGCGCUCUGCUCCUGGGGAUAAUGAACGCCAUUCGAUUCCCUGGAUCUUAUUCGUUCACCAUUAAUAGACGUUGACAAUACACAACCGUCGGGCAUCCUCUUCCCCAAAAAUCAUGGAAGCUUCUCCUCUGACGCAGCAAUCCAGACCGGACACCUUCCAGCCAAAGAUCGUCAAGCUAUACGAAACUCUAUUUCUUAAUCCUGAAUAUGCGGAACCGUCAGAAGGUUUCUGGAGAGAGUUCUUUCUUCUCCCACCGGAGAGGGUCCGCCUGAGCCAGAUACUGGACGGUAUCAGUCCUGAUGAAAUCUUGCAAAUCCACUUUCACACUCAACAGCUGUUCUCCAGGGCCGUAAAGGAGGCAGCUUCUGGAAAAUCUCCAUCAAAUCUACAGGCUCUAGAGACCUUGACAACUCUCUUAGGUGGCGUCUUAACUAAGAAGUACACCAACCCGAGUUCUGAUAUCAUCACUGUUCUCGCUGGCAUUGACGAAGUCGACCAUGUUAUCGCUGACUUUGUCGCUGCCCUGGACGGGAUCAUACGUAAUGGAGCCACCUCCGAGAUCCGUAUUAAGGCUGUUGAAGCCGCGAUAUCAAUGACCAGCGGCGGGUAUAAAACAAGUCUUAUAUCCUAUUUUAUGCAUAGGGAUAUUUUUCCAGCCCUGAUGAAGUUUGUGCAUGAUUCAGAUACCCGCACUCAAAUCUUUGAACCAUUUGUGCUUCUAGGGCUUCUAUCAAACUACAACAAGUUUGAAUUCCAGAACCCGUACCAGCUACGACUUGAUGACUUUGUAAAUGAAUCAACCAUUCAGAAAAUAGUCAAUGGAGCUGGUGCGACAUGCACUGCCUUGCGGAACGGGUACGUUGCCGUCCAGGAUGAUCUUCCUGAGGGUUGGAACUUGAGUUCAACCUUGGCCUUCUUUGGCCUUGGGGUUCUGGCGCCUAGUCGCAGAGCUAAGACGCCGUUGACUCCGGAAGAGGCUAAAGCACGCUUUGGAGUUCUUCCCUGCCCCGAAGCGACUAUAUUACUUGCGAUAUACGAUUUCAUCAAUGCGAAUAAGCUGUUUGCUUUCAGUUUUGUCUCAUUCAUGCCAGAAAAGCGCUCUGAAGAAUCACCGUUUUCAAGUUUCCUCUCACUUACCUCGUAUCUCCUCCAACAUGCAUAUCGAUCGCCAAGAGUUACUCUUUAUGCGGAGACUACCUUGUUUUCACUUCGCAUACUCGUGGAAGAGCCGUUUCUAUGUAAACAGAUCUGUAGCGAGGAGAUGAAGCGCCCUAUACGGCUUUGUCGCCAACGAGCACCUUACCUUCCCUUGAUACAGGGAGAAAGGAUCCUCGCAACCGUCAUCUUCGACAUCAUGAUAGAUACUAUUAACCAUAACCUCCGCAGGGAACUCGACGUCGCCUUAUAUUGUCACACAAUCUCCAUCCUUCUCCGUCUCCUUACUUAUGUCUCCUCAAACCAAACACGUCUCGCAUAUCACUGGUCCGAGCUCUGGCGGACCCUGCUCACCCUCACCCGUUUCAUGACGACUUACGCCAAGGACCUCACCUCAAACCCUCAAAUCCACAACCUCGCCACCUCCCUGAUUGAUCUAAUCGCCUUUUGCAUAUCCGCUGGCGACACCUUCCUCCCAGACCCGGCGUCCUAUGACGACCUAUUUUACAAGGUCGUCGAGACAGGACCCAUCCUCGCCCGCUUCAAAGAUACAUACGAACGCUCCCUUUCCUCCUCCUCACCAGCAGCCCUCUCAGCCUCCACUGACUCCGCCACACCCUCAAUAGACACCCUCAUCAGCGUCGCCUCCCACUUCCACUCCCUCCUCUUCCUCGCCGAUAAACCCAAGGACACAAAAACAGCAACACAAACACCCACCUCCCCAACCACCAGCACCGAAAUCCUCGCCACCGGCAAGAAGAAAAAUCUCAGUCCGCGCGAAGUCCACCAGAUCAUCAAGCAAGGGUAUGAUACGCUGAGCAUCCGGUCGCAGGAAGGGCUGAACCUGUGGGAGAAGUGGAGGGAGGCGGAUUGGAAAGCGGAGUUGAAGCGGAUUGCGCGCUGCGCGGUUGAGGAUGCGAGGAUUGUGGUUGUGUCGAAGGCGGAGCAGACGCCGGUCCUUGUGGAUACGAGUGUAGGCGGUGGAGGAGGGGGAGGUGGUGGUGGUAAGCAAGUCAAGUAAGACUUGCGUCGUUGUGUCCGGGGACGUUCGUGCGCACCCAAUCCAUGUUUGGCACUGAGUGCUACAUUUUCCGUGUUUCGCGGUUUUAAGAUUUUGUCUUCUCGUAUGUGCAAGUUUGCGAUGAGAAGCCGGUUGUUAUACUCAGGGUUUAUUUUGUGGUUUACAAUUCUGUCUUACGCGCUGCCUCUACCGUUCCCAUGGCAUUAUUUUGCCUGGAUGGUUUGUGUAGGGUGAUUGUGUUGAAGCCCCAAUCAUACCAAUAUAGAUCAAUGUUCAUUUAACUUAAAGUUGUCGUAAUGAAAAUCGUCCAUUCGCACAGAAAAACAUAAAAUCAAGGAAGGAGGGGAGGGAGAGUUUUCUUCCGUGAGUUGUCAAAGAAAAAAUGAGCUACCCUGAAGUUUCCACACCUCGAUCUUGCAUCGAAUAUAUAAUAUAUAAACCUAAAAACGCCAAUAAAAACCACGGGGGAAAAAUACGAAGGCAAAGCGAACGCGAAGGGAAAGCAAAGGGAAAGUAAAGGAUUAAAUAAAAAUAUCGAGUGAAUAGCAAAGCCUGAUUGAAAAACUAGGAAAAGGGCGUUGAAAGAAAGGAUAGAAAUUGUGCCUCACGGUGCCCUUUUGAUCACACGUGCCUGGGCGAACUGCCAUCUUUUCACAAUUCCCUGCGCUUUGCUUGGAUUCUUUCGAAACAAAAUGGCAAAACAUCCAAGAUGCAACAUAUUAGGGUUUUCAUAUCUCGCCAUCCCAGUAAAACGAUCAUAAAACCUGCUUACAUAUCGGAAUUUGAACGCAGGAUAUUGAGAGUAAUGCUAGGGGUCAUUCUUCCAUUGUGAGGGAGGCAUCGACUUGCAAGUUCCCUCUCCGUAAAAACGCAGCGAUAGCGUGCAAAUUCCAAAUUGUAUGAAAAAAUAUAUAUAUAAAAUAAGGAACAGGAUUAAAAGAGGCGGGACGUCGCAGUUCCGGGAGCAUCCGGGUUUGAAAUGCCCUUUGCUUUGUCGAUAUAUUCGUUGCCGGGGCUCUUAUAUUUGGUCGCAAACAUUUUUUCAGAGUUCCUACUUAGCCAUAUCGCGAGCUUGGAUAAUUCUUCACGCAGACGGUUUGUGGACUCUUGGCCUAGGUUUGUCUGCGCGAGAAGCUCAGGUAACGAGGCUGUGAAAAGAAAUGAAAUACGUGUCAGUUCUAGUUUGCAUAUAUAGGUAGACUGGAAAACAGCAUUGGAAUAUUUUGGUAGCGGCGCAGGGUUAGCUUAGUUGAUAAAAUGAACAGAAAGUCUUACCGAAUAAUCUGGCUAGAUGUUCCGCUCCAUAUACAUCGCAAGGUCCCUUGUCCACGAAACCUUCGGCCGCAGAUUCCCAUUUCUUCUGCAGGAUGUGAUAUUGCUCUCUUUCAAAACUGUAUAGCAAUAGUCGGCCAAGGCAUUUAUCGAAGUAUUCUCUCACGCCAGAUAACACUUCUUCCAGCACAUCCACUUGUGCCUGUGAAGUUCUCUUGACUUUUUCC